AUGAGAGGCGGGCUAAGCCUGGUCCUUUUGCUGGCAAGCAGCUGCCCUGCAUUCGGUAGAUUAGUUUCGGUGGCUGACCUUCAUGGCGACUUUGAUCGGACCGUCACCAUUCUCGCAAGUGCCAAGUUGAUUGACGAGGAGACUCACCGAUGGAUUGGCGGAGACGCAACUUUGGUCCAAACCGGUGAUAUCACUGACCGGGGCGACAAGUGCAAGGAGAUCUACCAGUUGUUCUUCCGACUUCGCCAGGAGGCUGAAGAGGCAGGCGGCCGUGUCAUAAACCUGCUGGGCAAUCAUGAGGUGAUGAAUAUGCAGGGUGAUUGGCGCUAUGUGAGUCAGGGAGACCUUGAGAAUUUCGGGGGGAUGGAGGAGAGAAAGAAGGCAUGGUCUUGGGACGGCUGGCUUGGCUCGGAGCUGCAGAAGUUUCCAGUAGCAGUGGUGGUGGACCGGGUGCUCUUUGUGCACGCGGGACUUUUACCCGAGAUGCUUGAACAUCGUAGUCUGGAGGAUUUGAAUGCAGCCUUCCAUGCAGCCUUGAAACAUGUGAGCAACUCGCAGAAGAUGAGAAAGGAUGAGCCGAAGCUUUUAGGUAGUCAUGGUCCGGUGUGGGCCAGAGACUAUGCAUAUGGCCGACCUGGUGUUUGCAAAAUGGCAAGCCAGGUUCUUGCAAAAGUGCAGGCGGACAGGAUGGUGGUUGGACAUACAAUUCAACGAGAUUAUCAUGUGCACACCCGGUGCGACGGGCAGAUCCUUUUAGGAGACACUGCCAUCUCAAGCGUCUACGGCGGUGAGAUGUCCUACAUGGAGCACGGCGAUGGAGGGGUGAAGGUCAUGUACCCUGGGACCAAGGAGUCCAUGGCACCUUUGGGCUUCGCUCAUGGUGAUGCCGAGUCAGCGUACAGAGGCACCGGCCAAGCUAUUGUGACCCCCUGGCAUAUAGCCAAUUUAGCCGUGAUUAUCUUUGUCCUUGUUGCAAUCUGGAAGUGCUGUGGGUGCCGAAAGCCACGUACCACCUGA